AUGGGUCGUCUGUGUAGAAAAUGACGAAGAAUAUAUAAGAAAAAAAAAAAGAGUAAUAAAGAUUGGCUUGCAUGCAAAAAUUUAUAGAAUUUAGAAGGCCAAGAGUACUUUAAUAUAAAAUAAAUUAUUAAAAUAUAUAACAUUAUAAUUCAUGUGUAAAAAAUUUUGGCAUUUGACGUAAUUUGUAUAUUUGAAGUGAUGAAAAUAAAUAUUAUCAGGACAAAGAAAUUUUUAAGGAAGACAUAUAAUUGUUUGUCAUGAUAAAGGGGUGUUUUGUGGAUAAUAUUAUUUGUUGGAAGGGAUGAUAUUGUGGGGAAAGAGCGGGAGAAUACUACAGUCAUCGCGCAUUCUAUCUCUGCGUUGAAAGUCAGUUAGGGUGUGGAAAAGUUAAGCAAAUUUUGUUAGUUUGUGCGACGUAUUAAUACUAAACAUUUGUACUUGAUUAUUAAAUAUUUUAUAAUAAAUAUAUUAUUUAAUUUAUUUAAAUAUAUUAUUAUAUUAAAUUAUUUGUUUAUUUAUAUUUUUGGUAAUUUAUAUUUUAUAAAAAAAAAUUUAUUUUACUUGUGAAAUGGCGUCGCAAGUGUUUGGAUCAUUUUUAUCAAUUAUUUUGAUAUUUUUAUCUGUUAAUAUUGAAUCAGGUGAAGCCUUAAAAUGCUACGAGUGUAUGUCAACUAGCAGCACCACUGCCGAUGAAUGUAGUGGUGAAAUGAUAACAAAAUCAUCAAGUGUACAUACUGUUGAGUGUAGCAUAAGCACAAUGAAAGCUUGGCAUAUGCGUGUACAAAAAAAUCCAUCAUUUCAAAAUAUUGAAAAUAUAUUUGACGUUGAUGGUUCACAAAUAAAUAAUCAGAUUCAUGUUAACAUGAAAUGUGCCAAGUUAACAUUUAGAGUUGAUGGAGCACCAGUUACAAUGAGAACAUGUCAAACAGCUGAAUCAGCAAAUAUGAAAAAUCCAUGUGAUAGUAUAAUUAAAAGACUUCCAAAACAUCAAAAAGAUGAAACACCAUAUUGUGGUCUUUGUGAAGGUGAUCUUUGCAACAAUGCAUAUAUUUUUUCAGCAUCAAUUGCAACAACAUUUAUUCCACUUAUAGCCUCUCUGUUAAUGGCUAACUUAUUUCAAACAGCGUAACAUUAUUUAGCUAAAUAAUUAUUAAAAAAAAAUAUAUAUUUAUUUAUUUAUAUUAACAAGAGCUCUGUCAUCUCUAAAAACAAAUUGAUAGAAAAAAAUAUUGAACCUGCUACAUACCCUUAUUCUCAAUGAUAAACAGAAAAUUCUGGCUAAUUUAUUUUUAUUUAUAAAAAAAAAAUUAUUAUCAUAAAUUUAUCAAUAUAUUUCUAUAAACAUAAUCCUGCGUACCAACAAUCUUAUAUUUUUUUAUUAAACAAAAAAAAUUAUUACAAAUUAUAAAAAUAUAAUUAUAUUAC